AUGUCAGUUCCCGCUCCCAUUCCCCUCCCCGCCCCGCAUGCUGUCGUCACAGCCGCCCCUCUAGCGCCGAUCUUCACCGCCUCCCGCGAGCAUCGGCGCGAGUUGCGGAGAUGCAGGCGCGACCCGCAGUCGGUAGUUUCCGCGCGCCUGCUGCCUGGCUCCCCCUCCGCUAGUCGCAUUGGCGGACGAUGCACCGCGGCGCAGGGAGGCAAGGCGGACAAGCGGAGAGUGCGGAAGGUGCGGGCAGUGCAAGGGGGAGGGGGCGGCGACUUAAGAGAUUCGGAGAACGGGGAGGGGGAAAGGGAAGGAGUGCGUGGAGCGGAGGGUUCAUGGCGCGACGGCGGAAUUCUAGAGGGGGAAGUGGAGGGUGAUUUAGACGAGGACUGGGCUGGGGAAGCGGAAAGGGGCACGCGGUUGCGGGGAAGGGUUGCGGCUGGUGGCGGAGCAACGGGCGGGAAUGGGGAGGGCGCAGAGAGGCGCGGAAACGGGGACGAGAGGGAGAGUGAGAGUCGGGGGCUGGGGGAAGCGCGAGGGGAGAAAGCGGCGAUUUCUGCGGGAAUAGGCGGGGGUGCAAACAGGUGGAGAGUUGGGGCCGGGAAAGGGCGGGUGAGGCGGUAUGACGUGGCAGGAGGUGCAGCACGCGUGGCAUCUGACGUGGCACGAGGGAGCAGGGGCAAGGGCGAGGGGGCAGGGGGAGCAGCAGGCAGCGUGGGCGCCAUUGGCGGCCCGCCCUCCCGCCAUACUGCCGUGGCUGGCGCUGCUGGUGGUGCCGCUGGUAGUGGCGCUGGCAGCACCAACACCGCUCCCAGUGGCAGCAACAGAAGCUUUUCCAACCUCACUCCCAUUCCCUCGGCCACCCCCAGCAGCAGCAGCAGCGGCAGUGCUGAUAGCGCCCCCAGUGGCGCGUGGCGGCUGCGCCUGGCGGCCCUGAACGCGCUCUCCGCGCUGAGAUCCGCCCAGCAGCGCGAUGAACAGCUCAUGGCGCUGGCAGACGCGCAGCAGAUGGAGGGUGGGGUGGCGGAGGGGGAGGGAGCUGAAGGGGAGGCGAAGGGGCGGACGCGGGCAGGGAGGGCGAGGGCAGAAGAGGGGCCUGGGGACGAGGGGGGGGUUGGGAGUCGGACUAAGGGGAGUGAUGCAGCAGGGGCUGUGGUGGGGGGGCGGGAAGGGAAUGGCGAGGCGGAAGUGGGGAGUGCAUCAGGCGGGCAGGGUGGGCUGGGAGCGGGCAUGCUGGAGGCUCUCAAGGCAGCCGCUGCUGCUGAUGCUCAGACGUCAUCAUCAGGUGGGGGCGUAUCAAUCUACGUGAACUGUUCAUCGGUGGGGUUACAGCGAGUGGCAGUGUUGGAGGAGGGGCGGCUGGUGGAACUCAUUGUUGCCUGCACUCCCCCCCCCUCCCUCCCCUCGCCCUCCCUCCCCUUCCGCUCCUCCCGCCUCCCUCCCAUCCACCCCACCACCACCACUGCUGCUGCUGCUGCUGCUGCUGCUCCUCUCACCCCGCUCACCGCACUUAACCCACCCACAUUCCCACCCCAAGCAGCAUCAGCAGCAGGCAGCAGCGUUUCUCCUGUGCCUCCCGUGCCCUCCCCUCCCCCUCCCCCCUUGCCAUGGGGGGUGCGCGUGGGGGACGUGUACCUGGGGGUGAUCCGCUCGCUGCAUCCGGGCAUGAAGGCCGCAUUUGUCGACAUUGGGGGGGCCGCGCCCUCCCUGCUCAACCUCGCGCACAACGACCGCCCCCUCACCUUCCCGCCCACAGGGGGUGACGGCGCCGCUGCGCUUGCGCAUGCCUGGGGUGCCCCAGCUGUGCUAGCUUCGGGUGCAGGGUCGGAGUUAGGUUCGGGAGCAGGGCUGGAUGCUGCGAGGCAGUGGGAGGCGGGGGUGGGCAGGGAGGAGGCAGGCGGUGGGGCGGGUGCUGUGGCGCACGGGAGUGGUGGCGUGUGGGUGGGCGUGGAGGUUGAGAGUGGGGGGUUGAUCCAGGGAUGGGCGGCGAGGGAAGGGGUGGAAAGGGGUGCAGUGGUGGUGGCAGGUAUGCAAGGGGGUGAGGAGGAUGAGGAGGAGGAGGAGGAGGAGGAGGAGGAGGAGGAGGAGGAGGAGGAGGAGGAGGAGGAGGAGGAGGAGGAGGAGGAUGAGGAGGAGGAGGAGGAGGAGGAGUGGGUAGACGUGGAUGGGGAAUUUGAAACGGACCUUGAAGACGAGAGCAGUGAUGCCCAUGAUGCCCACCAAUUGAAACGAUCACAAGGGAGUGAGGAUGAGAGAGGGGAGUUGGAGGGUGUGGAAGGGGAUGUGGAGGAGUUGAGCGCCAAGGACUCUGUGCUGCGGGCCUUCCCCGUGCUGGCUGGCCGCUGCUUUCGGCUGGUGCUGCGGGGAACAGGGCUGGUGAUGCCGAGGGGAGUGGCAGCAGAGGAGGCAGCGCGCAUACAGGCCAUUGUCGCCCGCCUCGCACCCACCCGCUCCUUCUCCAUUCAGGUGCGGCAGGCGGCGGUGGGGCGGGGGGAGGCAGAGCUGGGGGAGGAUCUAGCAGAGCUGGUGGCGCGGUGGAGAGCGGUGCUGGCGCGUGCAAAUGCGGUGGCGGGGCAUGUGAGGAGCGUGGUGGAUGUACCCGCUGUGGGCCCCACGCUGUUGCUGCAGGGCACGCCCAUGGCUCUUGAUGUCAUCCACUCGCUGCUUGUUCAGCACCAUCAGGUGUCGCGCCUCGUGGUCGACUCGCCUGCCUUCCUGCAAGAGUUGGAGGCGUAUCUACAGCGCAUGCAGCCGGCGCUGUGCGGGCGGGUGCAGCUGCACACAGGCGCUUCGCCCAUCUUUGACACCGCCCACAUCGAACCCGCCCUGCUCUCCGCCCUGCACCGCUGUGUCCCCCUAGCAGGUGGCGGGUCGCUGGUGAUAGAGGAAACAGAGGCGCUGGUGGCAAUAGAUGUGAACAGCGGGUGGAGCGUGCUGCAGCCCACCGCACGGCAGGAGGACACCUUCCUUGCUGUGAACCUCGCUGCUGCCAGGCAGAUUGCAGUGGAGCUGCGCCUGAGGGACCUGGGAGGGCUCGUGGUCAUUGACUUUAUUGACAUGCAUAAAGUGCUUCUGUGCCAAUUCCACCAGAAAAUCACACGUCCCGUCCUCUUUCCCCCUUUCCUUCCCCCCACCACCACUCCUCCCAGCGGAGCAUCGGAGGGUGGUGGAGGAGGAGGUGAGGAGGGCAAUGGGGGGGGACCGGCGCAAGCCAAGGUGCGCGUGGGGGAGGGAGAUCUCUCAGUUCGGCCUGCUCGAACUCACCCACCAGCGCGUGAGUGCUCUCUGGCCCGGUGCACUGCGAUGCGUCCAAGCCUUGCCGCCUCGCUGACGGCGCCAUGCACGUGCUGCUGGGCGGCGGGGCGGGUGGAGUCACGUCUGGCCAUGCUGGCUCGCCUCGAGCGCGCCCUGCAGCGCUGCCUGGCGCAAUCUGCAUCUGCGGCAGGCAGCAAGCAGGGCAGACAGGGAAAAGGGGCCAGGGAGAGACGGCGGGAGCGCAGGGCCCAAGCAGCAGCGGCAGAAGCAGCGAGUGGUGGGGGUGAGGGGGAUGAAAGGAGAGAGGGCGGGCGCGAGGAGGUGGUGGUGGGUCUGGCUGCUUCCCCUGCCACGUGUGAACAGCUGCUCAUGGGACCCGCCCUGCCAGAUGGCACUCCCUCGCUCGUCCACGUCAUCUGCGCUGCCCUCCACGUCACCCUGCACAUACAGGUGGAUGCAGCACUGCCGUACGGCUACUUGCUGCUGUCUCAGAAUGGCCGCUCCACUGUCGACCCGCCUCUCACCCCGCACGACCCUCCCCCCCACGCCGCGCCUGCCUUCAACAUCCCUGCAUAUCUCGCAUCCAUCCCAUCGGGACCUUCAAUCACCGUCUCCCCUCACUGGACUGCUGCGGGCCAGGCUAGGGGGGCCGAAGGCACAGCAGAGCUGCCUGCUUUCAGUGCACGUGCACAGCCCGGCUCCGCUGCUGCGUCUGCUGGUGUGAGAACAGGCUCAGGAGAGGCAGUGCAACGAGGGAGUGAGCUGGCAGGGGGUAGUGGAAUGGUGAUGCGGAGGAAGGCGGCGGGGGAGGCAGGGGCAGCAAGGGGUGCGAGGAAGAGUUCCAGGAGCAAAGCGAGUGGUGAUGUUUCUGGAGGGACAGUCAGCAAGCGCACGAAGCAAUACCAGCUGGAGAUCCUUCAAACAACAGCCAAGCCGAAGCCGCAAAGCCCGGUGAGGCAGGUUUCGGACGCCGGGUUGACCCGACGACAACGGUUUCAGCAAGAUGAGGACGGCGGGUUGCCGUCGAGACAAAUCGCGCUGAUUGCGACUGACGUGGAUGGGACUCUGCUUAACAGCAAUCACGCCUUGAGUGAACGGACCGAGAGAGCGCUUUUGAUGGCGCAAGAGCAAGGCAUCCAGGUUGUUUUGGCCACUGGCAAAGCAAGAGGGCCGUGGUUUCCUGAAAUCAAGGAGCGACUGAAGCUUGAAAGUCCUGGGGUCUUUUUACAGGGCUUGAUGGUUUACAGUGCGGACGGAACUCUGUUGUACGAGCGAGCCAUGGCGGAGGAUGUGGCUCGACAGGUUAUUCGGUUCGGCAAGGCCGAAGGUGUUACGCUCACGGCCUACUGUGGCGAGAGAAUAUUGUGUGAAGAAAGGGACGAACACACUGAUCGUCUGAUUCCCUAUGGCGAGCCAAUCCCCGAAGCCGUUGGGCCCCUUGAGGACCUCAUUGGCAUCACAUCCAUUCACAAGCUCAUUCUCAUGGCUGACGACGACAACUUGGCAGCACUAAGGCCUCGUUUGGACGCGGAGCUGGGUGGCAGGGGGUCGCUUAUCACAUCAGUGCCAGGCAUGCUGGAAGUGCUUCCAGUUGGCGCAUCCAAGGCCACAGGCCUUGCCACUGUGCUCGACAUUAUGGGUCUGGACCCGCAGCAGGUCAUGGCGGCAGGAGAUGGUGAAAAUGACAUUGAGAUGCUCCAGAUGGUUGGUUUGGGUGUGGCAAUGGCAAAUGCUGGCCCUUCCGUCAAGGCAGUGGCAGACCAUGUGUCGAGCUCAAACGACCAUGAUGGCUUGGCGGCUGCUGUGGAGAGAUUUGCCCUCACUGCUGGACUCUGGUGCUGGGACUAA